AGAACCCAAAGCCCUUACAUUGUGUUUGCAAACCCAGUCUCAGCCCUUCACCAUGAACGAUCAGAAGGAGAAGAAGGUGGUAGAGGAGGUAGCUUGCUGGCUCAAGCUCUUCGACGACGGCUCAGUCGACCGGACCUGGUCUGGACCACCUGAGGCUGAGUUCAUGGCAAAACCGGUGUUACCUCAUGAAGAAUUCAUCGAUGGGGUUUCGGUUCACGACGUUACAAUUGACACGAAAUCGGGUCUCGGCGCACGCCUUUACAUACCGGAGAGAAAUCCCUACGACGAGGAGAAGCUUCCCAUCUUUGUCCAUUUCCAUGGUGGUGGGUUUUGUAUAAGUGAACCGGAGUUGUUCAUGUACUAUCAUAUGUACACAAGGCUGGUUCGCUCGGCACGAGCUGUUUGUGUCUCUGUGAAGCUACGGCUCGCUCCAGAGCACCGGCUCCCUGCAGCUUGUGAGGAUGGCCAUUCUGUUCUCCUAUGGCUUCAAGCUGUGGCUCUAGCCAAAUUGAAUGAGUCAUGGCUUAAAGCCAACGGAGACUUCGGACGUGUCUUCCUUAUUGGGGAUAGCUCAGGGGGAAAUCUCGUCCAUACUGUGGCUGGUCGGGCAGGGUUUGAUGAUUUAAAACCGAUCCAAUUAGCAGGGGGGAUACUGAUUCACCCCGGUUUUGUCCGAGCUGAACGUAGCAAGUCCGAGUUGGAGAAAAAAUCUGACUCACCCUUCUUAACACUGGAGAUGGUUGAUAAAUUUUUGGCCUUAGCAUUGCCUAUUGGCUCCACAAAGGAUCAUCCAAUCACCUACCCCAUGGGACCGGCGGCACCACCUCUGGCCGGGCUGAAACUGCCACCGUUCUUGGUGGUACUCGCCGAGAAUGACUUGAUUUUGGACACCGAGAUGGAGUAUUGUGAAGCAAUGAAGAAGGCAGGGAAGGAUGUAGAGGUGCUGGUUAACCCUGGGGUUGGUCACUCCUUCUACCUCAACAAGAUCGCCGUCGACAUAGACGCUCACACAGCUUCAGAGACCAAGCGACUUAUCACUGAAAUCACCAACUUCAUCAAGAGGCAUUAACCCCGCUUUCUAUCAUCAUACCGAAUUUAUCCUUUUUUGUACAAUAAUUUGUGAGAUUAAGAUCCCUCUUAACGCUCAGGUAAUUUGGACAAUUUUUAAGGGGCAAGCUACAAUAGGUGGGACGGUGGUGUGGGAAUCUUUUCCUCAUAGUUCUUACAAUAAGUGGGACAGUCUUCUUCAUCUUAUGGAGAACAAAAAUAUAAAAUGUCAAAUUUCAUCCUUA